AUGGGCUUACGUCAAGCCCAAUAUGUCAACGAACUCCACUCGACAGACAAACGGCCCAAUUUCCCGAAUCCAAAUUACAAAGCGCGAAACUUCCAGAAAGGAAGAACUAAAGCAAGAAAAAAUACGACAGGUUUAGUGCAACAGGUUGGUAGGAAUCUAAUUCGAGUUCAUUGUCCUGCUUUAGUUUUUUGGAAAAGAUGCUGCUCUUCAGAUGCUUUGAUGGAACUGGGAGUGAAGCGUGGCGAGGUUGGAAUGGUCUCUGGGAUACCCGAACAGCACCUAAAACGAAGGGUUCUAAUUUACUCGCCUGCUCGAACUGCAUCACAGCAGGGCUCAGGGAAAGUUGGAAAAUGGAAGAUCAAUUUUUUAUCAACACAUAAGUGGGAAAAUCCGUUGAUGGGUUGGACAUCAACAGGAGAUCCGUAUGCCAAUGUUGGUGAGGCUGGACUUGAAUUUGACAGUGAAGAAGCUGCAAAAGCAUUUGCUGAGAAAUAUGGCAAGGAAUAUGAAGUCAAGAAGCGACAUACGCCUCUUCUCAAGGUUAAGUCAUAUGCAGACAAUAUCAAAUGGAAGGGCCCACCAAAUGGUGAAGAUAAUUAA